AGGAAAGUUGAAGAUCCGAGGCUUGUGAGAUCUCUUCCAUAUUUAACAUUGCUGCCACUGACGACAACAAGAAAUGAGUAAAGAAUGGACUCACGAACUCUUUGGAUGUUUUGACAAUGUGGGCAUCUGCCUCCUGGCUCACUUAGUACCUUGCUACCUGUUUGGUCGACUCGCUUCUGACGUUGGGGAGUCGUGCCUUAUCUGCAUGCUCAUAGACAUGUUCAUUUACCCUUGGCCGCACAUCUGCAUACGGGGAAAAGUCCGCGAGCAAAGGGACAUAUCGGGAACUAUCAUAUCUGAUGUUGUGCAAGUCUUAUGUUGCUCUUGCUGUGCUCUUGCCCAAGAGGCACAAGAGAUGGAAGAGUAAAAAAUGGCGAGGGCAUGACGAGGUUCGUUCAAAGUCAGGGACGCACUGCUGAGACGUGUCUUGGUGUUCAACGUGGAGAAUAAAAUCGGUGUGCUAACAACGUAUACUAUUAAUACUUACUUACACUAAUUGCCCUGAAACUAUUCACUACAGAAACAUUUAACAACGCCAUUCGCUAACCUUAUUGGCUACUAACAAUAUCUACUGGAUCGACAAUGACUAGCAGAACAUUAAAUAGAACACCGUUUACUAGUACAUCUUUUACUAGAUUAUUAUUUACCAGAGCUGUAUUUACUAAAACAUUAUCUACUAAUUAUAUUUGUUGUACCAAUAUUUUCUAUAAAUUUUUAGAUGAAUUGGCAGUUAUGCGUC